AAAAUAUAUAUUAUUUUUAAUAAGCUUGCAAGUAAAUCGUUAAUCGUGAAUCCAAUUCGUCAACAUUGGCAGUUUUGCAUUCGUCUGCUAUAUUGUAGAUCAGUCUACGGUCUCUACGGAUAGUCGGAUCGGAAUAUUAACUGAAUUUCAGUUAACUAACCGGUGCUCAACGUAACACAGCAGUCAGGAAAUGGGUAAUUCGCCAAGCAAUCGGAAAAUAGCAGUCGUUAAUGAUGAAGUUGCCGGAGUGAUCAAGAUCUCUGAUUCUGUUGUGAGACGUUUGAAAGGAGAACUUGAGAGAGAAAAGGAGGCAAAAAUUUCACACCAACCUGUUUCAGUUCAAACGAAGCCCCAAAAUCAAGAUGGGGAUUCAGGGUUUGAAAAACCUACUGCCAGUGAAAUGCCAAAACCAACUAAUGGAAUUCAGGUACCAAAUAAGGAAGUAGUUGUACCAACCGCUUCUGCCUCAACUGGCAGUAAGCAAUCAAAGGAGCCAAAUCCUUAUGAACACUUCAUGGAAGAGGCUCACUUGACUGCUCUGAAAAUUCGACAAGAGAAGGAGGCAGAGAUUCAAAGAGUGCAGGAGCAUUGGCGUACUCAGCUUCUGAAUCUUACAGAACAUUAUUCGAAACUUGCCGAUGAAACUGAAGCAGAAUAUCGUGCAGCUGUGGCGGACGUCGAGCGUUCUUUUUCUAAAGAAACAUUCAACAACAUCUGCAGCGAACAAAAAGAGCGUAUACUGAAAUGUUAUAAGGAAAACAAGGAUAAACCUUUGUACUGCGCAAAUGAGGUAAAAGACUUUGCUUCAUGUGUUGACAAGUUUCGCAGUGAAAGUUUUGAUAAGUUGACGCGAUGAACGCUCUAUGUUUGACUAUAGAAAUGUAUAAUAGUGAAAAGAAAUACAUUAAGAACUGGAUAAAAAAA